AUGGAAACUAACAAACCGAAUGCCGAACCGACUCAUAAAGAGCUUCUACUAAAGGCCAAACAAAGGCAGCGCGAGGACUUAAGCAAUUCUGACUUAUUAUCGGAACAACUAGCGAAUUCUUUGAAGGCCAUCAUCAAGGACAAUUCCGCUCCCUCUAAUCAAAAUUGUCUGCCACUAGUUGACAAAAUCAUAACAAUCCACGAGUUGAGCGAUGAGAUAGACAGACAGCUAAAUAAGGAUAUCGCCUCAAAUUUUGAAGACUUUUUACAUGCAAAAGAUAAACUCGCCCUUCGAUUAGCUAAGUGCAAAAAGAAACUAGGAAUGGAUAAUAAAGAAGAAUCAUACAUUGAUUUGUUACAGCGCCGCUUAGAACUCAUAGAUCAAGACAUUAGAGUGCUAGAGUAUACAAGUAAGCUACUUGAAGAACACAAAAAAUAG